UUAUAUAAUGUUUAUAUUUAAAUUUAAAAUAUAUAUAUUAACAAUUUUACAAAUAGAAAUUUAUUAAAAGAAACAUUUUGUUGAUAUCUUAGCAGAAAUUCAAAUAUCUCUAAUAUGGCUGUAUACAACUUCAUUUUACCAGGACGGACAAUAGCAGUGAAUGGAUUUAGAAGUCUCUUGAAUUCAAGAGUUUUAUCAAGAUAUCGGUCCAAUAAUACUACAGAUCAUCAGAAAGAAGAACAAAAUGAGUCAUCGAAUAAGGAAACUGAAGAAGAAUAUGAGAAGAAAACGAAGACAAAAAUCCUUACAGCAUCCAUGAACUUUGUACCAGAAUUAGGAUGGAGCAGGCAAGCUAUCAGUGCUGGUGCUGAAUCAAUUGGUUAUCCUGGCAUAAUUCAUGGAAUGUUUCCAAAUGGCGGUGCUGAAUUAGUUGCACAUUUCUAUUCCACCUGCAAUAGUGAAUUGAAUAAUAUUCUGAAAGAAAAAUAUGGAACGAUUCAAACAGGUCCUGUUAUAAAACUAGAGGAUAGAUCAGAACCAAUCUACUUUGCGGUAGAAACCAGGCUUAGAAUGAUAAUUCCUUAUAAAAAAAAUUGGCCACAAGCAAUAGCACUUAUGACACUUCCACCAAAUGUUCCAACAGCAUUAGCAAAUUUAGUUACAUUGGUCGAUGAUAUUUGUUAUUACGCUGGUGAUAGAUCCGUUGAUAUCAAUUGGUAUACUAAAAGAGUAGUAUUAGCAGGUAUUUAUAAAUCAACAGAAUUGUACAUGCUUCAAGAUAACAGCGAAGAUCAUAAACAAACGUGGAGUUUUUUGAAAAGACGAAUGGAAGAUGCUAGUCAAUUACAGAGAAUAAUAUCCGCAACAUCGGAUUUACAGCACCCGGAACAAACUUUGAAACAAGCAAAAGAAAUAGCUAACGCUACUAUAAUUACUGCACGCAAUAUACUUGGACUGAAUUGGCACAGAUAAAGUAUAGGAAUAAAUUCAAAAUGCUGUCUAGUAUUUGUAGAUAAAUGUAAUUAUAAUAUUUGUUAAAAGUAUUACCGGAAG